CAUCGUCGGGGUCUCGUGCAGUUCAGUUGGCAGCCCGGCCUCGUAGCGAGCGGACGUGUGCGUUCUCCGCUCUUCGCACGUAGCAGUUAUAUAUAUAUAUAUAUAGCAAUAUAUAUAGUCGCAUAUUCAUAUAUAUACGCGUCCGUCGCCGUCGCGCUCAGGCAGUGCACCGACGCGUAUCGAGUCGCAGUCAGUCAGUCAGUCACGAGCAGUCAGCAGCAGCAUCAUCGGCGAUCGCCGAGAUCGCAGAGUUCAAGUUCGCUUCUGUCCCAGAGGCAGGAAGGGUCUCUCUUCUCACUCGAGGACAAGUGGGAGUCGAUUGAAAUCUCGGAGUGUCUCCCGCGAGUGUCGAUCCUGAUCGGACGACGCGCAACUCGCGCAACGUACUCUCAUCGAGUGUCGGUGAUAUACUUGAGGCGUCGCGCCGCGCCGCGUUCAGCGAGCGAGCGAGCGCGGAUUCGUGUUACGAGGACGACUGUUAGGUCGUCGUGACGGUCGCGCCGGGGGUUCGACGAACGGAGCACGACGCGCGUGCCGUUCCCGUUUUGAGGAUCGCGUCUGCGCUACUGCGGCCGAACAGGUGCGAACCGCGCGGUGGCAAAACUGUACACUUGACCGUUCGCGCGAAACUUGAGAGAGAUCCGGUUUUCUCCGUCCUUCAACGACGUGAAGAUUGCUGGAUUCCUACCGCGCACCCCGGAUCGACGGAUCUUCCAAGAUUGAUGUACUAAGAGGACGAAUUAUGGUGGCAGAAUUUGUCGCCCGCCAGAGUGGAUCGCCCAUCAAUGGUGAGACCGCGUGCCUGAAUAGCAACAUGCCGGCCACGCACACAAUGGCGCACGGUGGCGGCCACGGCGGACCCCAUAGCGGGCCCCACGGCACUCACGGACCCCUCACGGUGCCUCUCGUGCAUCCGGGCCAUCACAGUGGACCGCCGACGGCGAUCCAGCAACAGCACCAGCAGCAACACCAGCCGCAGCAACAAGCGCCGCCACCGCAGCAACAACAACAACCGCAACCGCCGCAUCACCAUCACCAUCAUCAGGAUCAUCAUCAGGAUCAUCAUCAGGAUCAGCAACAGCAGCAGCACCAUCAUCACGACAUGGAUCAGCAUCCCGAGAACUUCUCGUCGAACUUUGACCUCCGUAAGGAGCUGUUCUCACAGCGUAAGCAACGCGAAUUCAUCCCCGACAAUAAGAAGGACGACAGCUACUGGGAUCGUCGCAGGCGCAACAACGAGGCGGCCAAGCGAUCGCGCGAGAAGCGCCGCUUCAACGACAUGGUGCUGGAGCAGCGAGUGAUGGAGCUCAGCAAGGAGAACCACAUCCUGAAAACGCAGCUGGACGCGAUACGCGACAAGUUCGGCAUCUGCGGCGAGUCCGUCAUCAGCACGGAGCACGUGCUGGCGGCUCUGCCGACCGAGCCGACGAUCAGCGCGAAGCGUGUGAAGCUGCCGGCUCCGACGGCGCUCCUCUACGCCCGUACGCCCAGUCCGGUUCACACGUCGGUGAUCCACCAGCCGGUGAGCGGUGCCCGGUCGCCCCGAUCGCCCGCCUCGCAGCUCUACGUGCCCGAGACGACCGCGUACCCGGAGACGGAGAGCUUCCAGUACCCGUAUUCGCAUCCGGCGAUACAUCACCUGGACACGACGAGCGCGCUGAAUCUGUCGUCGCGCGGUCGCAGGGCACAAUCACCCUUUGAACUGUCGUCGGGCAGUGGCGAUGAGGCUGGCCCGCAGCUGGUCGCAGGCUCGCAGAGCAACCCGACUGCGAACAACAGCCUGCCGCACAAGCUCAGGCACAAGUCACGCAUCGGCGACAAAGAUGCGAGCGCGGCGAGCGCGUUGCUGGCGCUGCAGGGAAUCAAGCAGGAACCUGGACCGCGAGCGUCGCCACCCUGGGAUAACGAGGGCUCCAGCGACGAGCGCGACUCCGGCAUCUCGCUCGGCGCUGAAUGGACCGGACCGAGCGUCAACGCGGUCUCGGAGAGCGACCGAGAGGUGAAGCUGAAGCUGGACCGCCUGGCGUCGGAGGUCGCGUCCUUGCAGUCGAUACUCCGCAUCGGGAAGCCCGCCGUCGCGGCGGUGGCGGCCGACAGCCUGGUGACCGGACACCCUGCCGCCGCGGUCAGCGGACCGUGAAGGACGCAGCCAUUCUUGCCUCGCGAAUCACGCGAGUCCUCAUCUUGGCCGCGGACGACGUCGGAGUUGCUGGAAGUCGAACGUGGUGACGUCGGAUGACGUCAGGAUAUCGUCGCAAGGAGGAUGCGAGCGGAAGGACGGAUUUUGACGCCGCUGUCGCGUCGAGUUGGAUGAUGUCGCACUCGUGAUUGAUUGUAAAAGGGUUAACGAGGAUGCGUAAGGAAAGAGAGAGAGAGAGAGCGGAGGCGGAUGUAGUCGGAUAAUUAAUUCGCGCGCGCGGCGGAUCAGCUGACGAUGUUUGCGAAUCGUAUCGAAAGUUUCGUGCUCUAUAAUCUUGCACUGAAUCUUGAUCGUAUCAUAUAUUUUUAAUACAAUUUCUCUUUUGGAGGAUGUAAUAUAUUUAUAUACUUUAUAUUGAAUAAGCUAAUAUGAGAAAGAAGAAAAUAUAUUUUCUAUUUGUAGAAGAUUCGGGGAUGUAAGAAUCCGCCGCGCGAGGGUUUACGCGACAGAAUCAUUGAAAUUUGUGGCUCGAGAUAAAGGAAUCAUUGUUAUAAGAGUAUGAGAAUAAUUGCAUGAGAAUGAUUGUAGCAUGCAGUGCAUAUGUGAUGCUAAUGGAACUGCUGGGUUCUAGUCGGGCGUGAUUACGAUUGAUUAAUCGUGAUUCCGCCGAUAUCGAGAUAUAGAAAACGGAAAAUUGUUACCGAUCUGCUCGUUGCCGUCUCGAGUCAACGACAUCCGGAAGAUGUGCAUGCACUCAUCCUGCCGCGUCUCCUCUGAAACCUCGUGGAACCUUAAUCCUUCGGUCCGUAGAUCGGCGGGAGGGCGAUCGUUCCUCUUGGAGGGAAUUGUAACUUAUUGUGAUAGGCGAGAGACGUCGGCCGUCGCCAUUCGCGGGACAUCGCCAUCAGCGCGAUCACGACGAACGAAGGAUCAAGGGCCGCUCUCCGCUCUCCCGCAGUCCCGCGUUAGAAGUUAAGAGCGACGUGCGAUACCUAUGUGUAGCGUUGUAAGAUUACGUUGUAAGACUCCCGUAGGCUAAUCUCGUUCUUCUAUUAUUACCGCUUAUCGUUAAUUAGAGUUCGUUGAUUCGGGCAGUCGCGCAUCGCGCCGAGCCGAGCCGAGGCGUGUCGCUGAAUCCUGGCGGAAUUCAAUCCGCGCGAUGAACGUAAAGGAUACACACGUUAACGUAAAGCUAGUGUUAUCGCACGCGAGUCACUCCCCCGAUUAAUUGGUCGCGCAACCGGCUAUCUCACUACCAUCGGAUAUCCGUAUAGUUUGUUCCCGCGUGCGAAGGCAGGGAUUCUUUCUUCUAUCUCAUCUUUCUCUUCUUCUUCAUCAUCAUUGCCAUCAUCAUCAUCAUUCUUUUUGAUCACCUUGAACGUGAAGCGACGAGCGAUGAUGACCUCGCGCGCUUCGUGGAGCUUCCAGGCGAGGCUUGAUCGAGGCGCGUCCCAAUUAUUUAUUUAUCGCCAAAAAGAGACCGAACUCUUACGUUCGCCGUUAAUCUUCGGACAUUCAUCACGCGUACUCGUGCGAUUACUCGUGAAUGUCGCGAAGAUUCCCGCACGAGCGAUGAUGUCCACUUUACCAAAAACUGCGUGCGACGCGCGUAACUUCGGUGACUCGGUUUAACUGGUGUUCAUUCCAAAUUCGCUUCUUAUUUAUUGCUUCCCUCGUUAAAUCGCACCUGGAAAGCCGUGCCGGUACUUCGACGAAGCUCCAUCGGGGUCGUCAGACUUUUUUCCUUCUUCCUCUUUCGUUCGCUUGAACCGGAUCGAAUCACGCUUGAUCGAUUUGGAGUUGCAUCCGAUGUCUGUUUCCUUGCGACUCUUGCGCGAAACUGUCUCCUUUUUAUACUUUUGCUAUGUCGAAUUGCUACGGUCGAUACGUAGUCGCGUGUCUGUAUAUAUGUAUAUGUAAACGAAAACGAAAGUGCAUCUGUGUUACAAACGCCGGACGAGGGGGAACGUCUACUAAUUUCGACGUAGUGUAAAAAACCGCCGCGGAGAGAGGUCCCCUCGGAAGGCGGGAUUUAGCGCGUACUAAAGUAUUAAGCGAGCCUAUAGGUGUAUGUAAUAUAUAAAUAGAGAGCAUAUACUUUGCAUGUAUAUAUUACAUAUAUAUACAUAUAUGUAUAUGCACACAUACAUAUAUAUUUUUUUCAAAUUAAUGUAUUUUUCGAUAACAUUGAAACGAACUGUAAGUGCGUGUACAGCGCUCGGUUGACGUCGCCGAUUCGAAGGGAUGUACCAGCGAUGUACGCAGCGCGCGAGAGCGAUCGUCGUCGACGUCGACGUGGAAAUCGCGCGUUCGCAGCGUGGAUCGCCGGGACAGCUAUCGGAAACCAAAGUGUGAGACCUUCCCGAGACCAGCGAAGAGAUCUCGGUGCUCAAUCGGGAAAAACUGAGAGGGUAUUCAUCGACCCGGCGAAAGCGACGCGAAAGCGAGAGGGACGAGGAAUCGGCGACGUAAUAAUCGUGGAGAAAAGAAAUAUAAGCACCGGCGAUAUUGGGAAUUCGCUGAUCGGUGUGUCCCACUGUCCCCGACCGAUCGAUCGACCAUUCGUUUUUACCACAUGUGAUAUACGUAGGGCGAAUUAGAGGCGCGAGUCGACGUCAACCCGAGAGCAACCGAACGCGAGAGGUAUCCCUAUAUUUAUUGUACACUAAUCGCCUAUGUGCGUUAUGGAGCGAGGCGAAAGCGAUGAGGAGACGUUCGAAAUCUUGCACGUGGCCGAGGCAGCGUCAGUUUUAACAGCAUUAGACUCUUGCGAGAUCGUUCAUUGAUUCAUUCGGCAUCGUUUGCGGAAAGGAUCUUCCACAAUAUUCCACCUUAUCACCGAUGUUGACGAUGCGACUGUACGAGGGACUCUUCAAGAAUGUCGAGUCCAAGAUCGAUGGAUGUCGAUCACGCGUAAACGUGCAACGCGAGCCAGCAAUAAAUCGCUCCAACUCAUCGCCGCCGAGCUCCGCAGUGCUGUAAAGAACGAUGUUCGCCAGCAUGUCGCGUCACACAUACAUACAUACAUACACCACAUUUGCGUCGCUGUAAAAUACCGAGAGUGCCUGUAACUGACGGAAUCACAUGCACGUUUCUCGUCGAAGCUACUGCCGGUAGUUGGCGAUCGGUUAAGCGACUACCGGCGAGAGGAACGAAGAGAUGCUGUACCGUGUAAAUAUAUAUCGUGCAAUCGUCUCUUAUCAUUCGCAGAACGUCCGCGAUCGGCAUCGACGACGACGGCGGUCUCGAACCCGAUUUAUUCUGAAUUUGUUCUUCAUACAAAUCACACACACAAACACAUAUCCAGAUCACAGACAUACACACAUACAUUGAUUAAUCGCGCACUUUUGCCUCGCUCGCCUCGAACGAUCACGUCGCGACGAUCGCCGAGACAGCCAAUGUUAUCCCCCAUGAACUUUUGUACAUACGAUCGCACCCUCUUUGCCAAAAAGCAGUUACGCGGACCGCUAGAAGUCGGCCGGAGAAGGAACACCUUCGCCCGACCCCCCUCCCCUUGCCCCAUUGUGUAACCCGCGAAAUCCGUUUGCGCGCGCGUUUCGACUACAGUUCCUAUGCACUAUGCUAAUGGUAAAGCGAUUCAGGCGAGGAUCGAUAAAACCGUCGUCCGUUACGAUUUAAGAGCCGACCGAUCGCAAUUCCAACCGAUCUAAGCUUUCUUGGUUCUCCUUUCUCCGGCUGCUCGGAGAUGUAAGUAUUUAGACUCUUAAGGGACAUAUCCACAGCGCGUGUAGUGUACUUGUAUAUGAAUAUCGAUAAAUAAAUAUUUUCAAUGUUUUUGAC